UAAGAUCAACAUUUUGCUCUAGCAAGUAAGGCUGAAAUAAAAAAAAAGAGGUACUGUAUGUUAUUUUCAUUCGUUUCAUACUUUUCAGAUAAAACCAAAAAUGUCUUUUACUACAAUGUUGGAGUAUGAGUCAAAACUUUUUCUUGAAUUAAUGGAAGAAGAUGGUUUACUUAUCACUGCAAAGGGUCUUGGUCUUGACAGGUUGCUUUUGAAAGUGAUUCACACAUUUUGCAAACCUGAAAACCUCGUGCUUGUUUUGAACACUCUCAGCGAAGAACAAUUCUUUUUUAUUAAUGAACUCAAUUUUCUUGGCGUAAAAGACCUACCAAAAGUUAUCACUGCCGAGAAUACGUCAUCUGAGCGAGAAAAACUUUAUUUGUCCGGUGGAGUUUUUUUCAUCACAUCAAGGAUCUUAGUCGUUGACAUGCUGACAAAAAGAAUACCUAUUGAUUACAUCACUGGGAUUCUGGUUCAUCGAGCCCAUAAAAUUGGUGAAUCAAGCCAAGAAGCAUUUAUAUUACGUAUGUUUCGCGAGAACAACAAUGCAGGAUUUAUAAAGGGAUUUUCGGACACGCCAACAGCAUUUAUGUCUGGAUACUGUCAAGUUGAAAGAGUAAUGAAGCAGUUGUUUGUAAGAAAGCUAUUUCUUCGACCUCGUUUUCAUGGGGAUGUAGUUGACUGUUUAGAAAAGCAUAAGCCUGAUGUGGUUGAGUUGAGUGUGGAACCCACGCCUCUUAUGAGUGGCAUUCAAAUGGCUAUUCUUGACCUUAUAGAGUCAUCACUGCGCGAACUAAAACGAAGUACGCCUAUGCUGGAUCAAGACGAGUUGACUUUAGAGAACAGUUUAACAAAAUAUUUUGAUAGAAUGUUAAAAUCGCAAUUGGAUCCACAUUGGAACCGGUUGAGCAAUAAAGCCAAACAGUUGGUGUCUGAUGUUAAGAUUCUUCGAGUUUUACUUUCCUACUUAACACAAUAUGAUUGUGUCACUUUUUAUAAUUUUUUACAGUCACUACGUGCUAACGAAACGAAUAAAACGAAUCAACAAUCGUUAUGGAUGUUUAUGGAUGCUGCCAAUACGUUAUUUCUAAAUGCGAAGGCGCGUUUAUAUGGUAGCACAAAGAUGACAAAAGCUGGGAAAACGUACACGGAUGGUGAGCUGGAAGCUAGUCCGAAGUGGGAAGCUGUCACGCAAAUACUUAAGGAAAUCGAACAAGAAAGUAAAGAAACGGAUGCAGGGAAAGUGUUAAUAUGUGCUUCUGAUGAACGUACGUGCUUUCAACUGCGUCAAAUCCUAUGUAACGGAAGUGAGAAUAUGUUAAAAGAACUUUUAACUAAUAGUUCACAACCUCGGGAAGAAGAUGAAAUCUUAAGAAAGGAAAAAAAGGAGAAAAAUGGGCUCGGCAAGAAGAGGAAAGCUACUGAGUGUGUUCAAACAGAUAGAAAUGAUAAAAUUAAGUUAUUUAAAGUUAAUAACGAUGAAGAUGAAUUUACUUUGAAGAUUUUACCAAACUCUCUUGUUGUUAUUCAUCCUUUGUCAGGAUGCAAUGAUCCUUACAGCCUUCUGCGAAAAUUGUACGAGCUUCAACCGAAAUAUGUUAUACUUUACGACGCUGAAAUGGAGUUUGUUCGACAACUCGAAGUAUUUAAAGCUUCUAGACCUGGAAUUUCACUUCGUGUAUAUUUUAUGUUUUAUAACGGAUCAGUAGAAGAGCAGAGAUAUUUGACGACGUUACGUAAAGAAAAAGAUGCUUUCGAGCUUCUUAUACGACAAAAAGCCGACAUGAUUAUACCUGAGGAACGGCAUGGAAAAUCCGACGUCGCUAGAAGUUUGAUUAGAGAUGCGGGUAAAGCAAAUAAAGUGGUAGACACUCGUAAAUCUGGAGGUCGCGUGCCUGAUUGCAACUUAAGUAAAACUAUUGUUGUUGACAUGAGGGAAUUUCGCAGCGAGUUGCCAUCUUUAAUCCAUAAACGCGGCAUUGAUAUCGAACCCGUUACGUUGGAGGUUGGUGACUACAUUCUAACUCCCGAUAUAUGUGUCGAAAGAAAGAGUAUAUCAGAUUUGAUUGGUUCGUUAAACAAUGGAAGGCUGUACACGCAAUGUGUUGCCAUGACAAGAUUUUACAAACGUCCAAUUUUACUGAUUGAGUUUGAUGAGAGCAAGUCGUUCUCCUUACAAUCCACAAAAUCGUUACGAAACGAAGUUAGUUUGAACAAUAUUUCAUCAAAAUUGACUUUACUCACAAUUCAUUUUCCAGAACUUAGAAUUAUAUGGUCACAAAGCCCUCAUCUCACUUCCGAGAUAUUCGAAGAUUUAAAAGCUAACUGCGCCGAGCCAGACGCGAAGGUUGCCAUGGGAAAAGGUGUUGAUCAAGAAGGCCCAAUAAAUAAUGUACUUUUCAAUAUGGUACCUCUAGAUGUUGUGCAAAAGUUUCCAGGGGUUAAUUCUAAAAAUUAUCGAUUGAUUAUGAACAAAUACACUUGCUUAAAGGAUUUCGUGAAUCAAACGGAAGCUAGCGUCGGAGAAACCAUUGAAAACAAGUCCAACGCUAAACUGAUUUUUGACUUUGUCACAAAAAAACAAGAUGUCGUGCAAACAAAUUUGAAAAAGCGAGCAAAAUAAAUGGUCUCGAUAAAUCAACAUGUUUAUUUAAUGUAAUUAACGUUUGUUUGUUUACAACUCGAAAUGUAAAAAGACCUGUGCAAACAA